AUGAGUUUCCCAUUGCUUCAACUACCAUUUAUACCGCUGGAACUAAUUCUUCUCAAUGCGAAUCUAGCGGAGCUAACCCAUUUCUCAAUGAUAUCCAAAAAAAGUUAUCGAUUAGUAAAUAACCUCAGAAUUCCAUAUCUGCAGUGUUUGGAUUUACACGUCACUAAAGAGUCGACUCAGAUCAAAUUCAAGACUGGAAAGGGAUAUGUUGGCGGAUGGCAUUUUCUGGAUUAUACAGCAGGAGAUGAUGAUGAAGAGGAUACAUUAAUCAAUAGACUCAUUGGGAACUGUGAAAUGAAGACAUUCAUUCUGGAGAACAACAUCUACUCAUUGACAAGAGAUGAUGUCAAAGAAUCAGUUAGAGAUGGAUAUGAAUAUUUGAUGGAUUUAUUCAAAGUGAAAGUGUAUAGAGGUUACCUAUACCCAGACGGUGUCCCAAUGACACGACAGCCUUACUUCUAUCCAUUCAAACAAAUUGAUAUUAUUUAUAUCAGUGGAAAAAAGGCAAUGGAAAACGAGGAUUUCAAAAAAGCGCUGAAUGAUACAACUGCACAACUAGAACUAGUGGUUUCUAUUCCGGUGAAUAUCGAUUUUCAAUUUGAACAAUUUCGCAUUGAAGCGAAAUACUUGUCGUUUUAUCAAUUUUCUUUUUGGAUUAAAAGCAAAAUGAUUCUCAAUUUCGAUUUAAAAUAUCUACGACUCCAUGAGUGUAUGAUGACACCGAAAGAUUGUCAAUUGUUUGUUAUUCGAUGGCUUCACUCGGAUAAUACAACAUUCGAAACAACGCUUCUAGCUCCGCUUAUCACUCCAGAGAUAACUGAUUACCAAGGGUUGGAUCUAUUGCCAUUUGACGCUGAACGAAGAAAAUUCGGGUUCAAAUUCAACCCUAGUACAUACAUCGACUGUACCAAUGGAUUCGAUAUAAUCCGCCAUGAUGGACUACUGGCCACUAUUUUCAUCCAAGGCUUCUAUUUCAUCUUCCAUGUAUGGCAUGACCGGUUCCCAGAUUUGGAAGGACUUGCUAAUUUUAUAAAAUAA